CUAACUUGUUUAACCUUUGACAGCCAAAAUUGGGCCUAUUGCUGAACCAUUGGUUAGGGACCAACGUAAAGGCAAGGAUCCAAUGGAUGCAACUACUCAGACAAACACCCCCUCAGUUCCGAAAUUAAUGGCAGACUCUUUCGCAGCCGCGCAGACACAAGCACAGAGAGGAGCUACCACCCGUACCCCUGCUGAGACAGAGGUCACGGCGAAGAAGAGAGAAGAGCCUUCCACUGCUCCUGCUCUAAGCACAGACCUAAGUGAGUGGGAUAUCCCUCUCAGCCAAAUGGUUGGCGAAACAACAUCAAAUCCUUCAGGGCAGCUCUACCAAAGAAAAAGAAGGAGAUUACUCCUUGCUGCUGCUGAUGAUGACGAUGCUUCCACUUCUCCUCAACACAUUCAUCAAAUUCCCAGUCCAAUCAGCAAUGUACCCACAGAACCCACUGUACAACUAACUCCACCACCACCUGAAGCAUUCGCAACAAACUUCCUUACAACCCGCUUCACAGUCUUCGCCACAGCAAUCUACAUAAUCUGCAUCACAACAUCCUUCCACUUCUCCUCAACACAUUGUCCCUUCUAUCUCUAG